AUGAGAAAAAAGAGUUGCGAUCGGACACUGCCGUCUUGCAGCCGAUGUAUAGGUCGCAACAUCACGUGUCACUAUGGCUCUUCAUCCACAGCCCAGCAACCUCCGCCAAAUGACUUGAAUCCCAAGAAAAACCGAAUUGGUCUCGCUUCUUAUCUGGGACCGAAUGUUGCGAAGCACCAGGAUCCUGACGGUUGGCUGACAUCUCAUCUUUUCGCCACGCUAAGAAUACUCAACCUUCAAAUAGAGGGUGUCCUUGAUGCCAAAAACAUUGCUCAAGACCUGCUUCGCAUGGAGAAGACUGUGGAUAUCCUCGAGCUCAACAGGAUGCCCCUCACAGCUGUUAUUCUGUUCCAUAGGGUUGGACUCGCCGCCAUCCUACUGGGAAAACACCAUGGUCGAGAUACCGGGGAUUUGUUGCGAGAAGUGAUACAGAGUCUCUCGGACAAGAUUGCUAGACGAUGGGACGUUGCCAGUCACAUCGCUUCUCAACUCCGUGAAGCACCUUUCUCAGGGUCAAGACACGGGCAUAGCUUAGGAUUAGAAGGCUGA